AUGAGACCUCAAACAGGUAAACCAAAGUUGGCAACUAAUGAAUAUACAAAAGAGAUUGAGUUUCUAAAAUAAUAGAAGGUAAUAGCAUAUGGUGGUGAUCCAUCAAAUUUACCUUAGAUAUUUUAGAAAAAUCCUGCAUUUUUGGUAUUGGAUGAAUUACAGGCCGAAUUAUUUAAUGCAAGAUGUCAUGAUACAGGUGAAACAGUUUCAAUAGAGAGAGUAUAAAUAAAUAUUAAUUUAUAGGCAAAAAUAUUUAAAGAGGAAUUUAAUAAGAUUAAUUCUAAAAAGUUUCCUGAUGUAUUGAAUUUAUAUUCAAUGAGAUUAGGAGUUACAACUUUGAUUGCAUUAGCAAAUUAAAAACCAGGGUAAACAACAAUAAAUUUAGCAGAUAAUACAUUGGGUGAUUAUGCAGUUCAUGCUAUAAAGACUUUAUUAGGAAAUUCAUAGAUAAAGAAUUUGAAUUUAGCUUCGAAUAUGAUAAGUCAUAUAGGAUUAGGAUAGAUAAUAGAUGAUUUAUGCAAGAAUUAGACAUUGAAAUCUUUAGAUUUAGGAGUAUUGGAAGGGAGUAUAAGAAAAAAUGCAUUAGGUUUUGAAGGAGCUAAACAUAUAGCUUAGUUAUUAUUAUCAAAUAAAAAGAUUGAAACAUUAAAACUAUAGGAUAAUGUAAUAACAACAGCAGGUGGAGAAUUCAUAGGUUAAGCAUUGAAAACUAAUUAGAGCAUAAAACAUUUAAAGAUAGCAGAAAAUGAUUUAAAGAUAGCAGGAAUAGAAACAAUUUUAUUGAAUGGAUAAAAUUUGGAGUCUUUAGAUCUAUCAAAGAAUAGUAUCCGUCCUACAAUGAAGUUUUAGGAUUAUUUGAUGAAUAAUAGGACAUUAAAGAGAUUGAAUUUAGAAUUUAAUGAUUUAGGUCCAAAAGGAGUAGAAUUUUUGGCAUAUGGUAUAGUAUAAUAAUAAUCUGGAUUGGUUUCAUUAAAUUUGAGAGGGAAUCAAAUAAGAGAUGAAGGAUUAUAAGUUUUAUCAUCUGCAAUAUAUGAGAGUGAAUCUUUAUCAGAAUUAGAUAUAUCUUUGAAUGAUAUAACACCUGAUGGGAUAAGAUAUUUGGCAGAUGUAUUACCAAAUAGUUAAAUAAAGAUUUUAAAUUUAUCAAAGAAUUUAUUGGGAGAUGAAUCAAUGAUAAUGUUAUGUAAUAAUAGAAUAAUGGAGAAAUUAGAUGUAUCAUCAAGUAGAGUUGCAGAUUAAGGGGUAUAUAAUAUAAAAUAGAAUAAAUUAGUUUAUGACAUUUUUAACAUUUAUAGGAGAAUCUACAAAUUUCACUCAUUUGAAGGCAAAUGAUAAUUAUAUAAGUGAGAAAGUAGAGAAAUUAAUAUUGGAGAUAGUAGAGAAGAAUUAAGUGAUAAUAGAUUUACAAGUGACUGGAAAUAGAUUAUCAUUAUGUUGUUUGAAUAGGAUAUAAAAAAUAUUGUUGAGAAAUUAAAAGAUAUUAGAAGAGAAGGAACCAAGUAAGAUUAGAACUGAAAUAUAUAGAUUGAAAUAUGAAUAGAAGAAAAUAUAGAUAGCAAAAGAUAAAUUAUCAUAAUAAGAGAAGGAAAUAAUGUAGAUAGAAGAUAAGAAAUAAUAAGUAAUAGUAGAGAUGGAGAGAAUUAAAUAGUAGGAGUAAGCUAAAAGAGCUGGAUUAUAAGAGAGAAUUACUGAUUUAUUAAAUUAGAUAGAGAAGAAGAAAAAGAAUAUAGAAGAUAAGUAAGCUGAUUUUGAAAGAUCAAAAUAAUUAAAAUAAUAAGAAUUAGAAACUUAAAGAAAUGAUUAUUAGAUUGUAUAUUAAAAAAGGAAAGAAUUAGAAUAGGAAUUUGAGAGAUUACAAAAAGAAUUGGAUAAUCAAGAGUAAAAAUUUAAGGAUGAAUAAUAAAAAUUGGAAGAGGGAAUAGCAGAAAAGAAAAUUAAAGGAGAAGAAAUUGAGAAGUAGACAGCAUAAUUAAGAGAUGAAUUGAUGAAAUUAUAGAAAUAAUAAUUUGAAUAAAAUAAUUAAGCUGAAAAGGAAUAAUAAAUUUAAUAGUAAUAAUAGAUAAUAGCAGAAGAAAAGGUUGAUAAUGAGAAACAAUAAUAAGAAUAACAAGAUUAGAAUAUUGAAAAAGUUAAACCUAAAAAAUCUACAAAAAAAGGGAAGAAAAAGAAAUGA